AUGCCUACUAUGGACAACAAGUUGUCGAAGCCUUCUCCCCCAGACCUUUCUAAACGACGCACCACAUGGACGUUUAUACGUGCCUUGAUGUGGAAAAACUGGACUAUCAAGAAUCGCCAGCCUAUUGCGACCACUUGUGAGAUCCUGGUGCCGACUUUCUUCAUUUUGCUGCUCGGUUUUCUCAAGCUACUCACGACUUCGGUCGACGUCCCGCCUGGUUGGAGUGAUGAUGCCGACAACACCGCACCUACGAGAUACAACCUAUUUCAGCCAACUGGCACGUCGAUCAAUUGGGUUGAUGCCGACCUGCCCAAGUUCGCCCAACACGAGUCGACGCUGACAGGCCUUAUUCUGAAGCUCGGCUUGCAAUCCAUUAACGAUGGGAUGAGGCUUGCCGAACUAUCUUCAGCCGAUCUCGUUGCUUGCAAGAACGGAGUCUUGAUCGAAGGAUAUGUUGACGCGAAUGUAUCGUCCAUUUUUCGUGUUCUGCCAGAAUGUGCUGAAAAGGUGUCACCGUAUAAGAUUGCCAUCGCCCCAGAUAACACGUUCACGCGUAAAUACUUCAUGGAAACGAUGGAACUAUGGUAUCCGCGCAAAACUCUAGGAAAUUCGUCAGCUAGUUCGCUGACAAUUCCAUCGUUCAAGGAGAGCGUCCAAUUUUUCGCGUCUGAUGAAGCUCUUACCGACUACAUCAAGAGUGAUGAGUAUGGAAAGGGCCUCGAUAAUCCACGCAUCUACGCUGGCAUUGUGUUCGAAUCUAUUCCGAGUGACGAGGAUAUCGGUUCCUUUGCUUCGAUCGAGUAUUCGCUGCGACUAAACUCGACAAGAGGCAGGAUUGGAGAGGCUGUGGGUCGUGUUGCAAGUACCGGUGGGUCAGUGGAAUAUGUGUCUCCAUUCCAGAAAGAUAUCGUUACGGACUACUACUCACGCUACGCAGUGACAGGCUUCAUGACAUUGCAGACGCUAGUUACACGUUUUGUUACCUGCAUGCCUGAGUGGAUUUCCUCAAACGAAUCGGUUAGAAGUUCUUGUCAGAGCCCUCAAGCCACAGCUCUACCAUCAAUCGAAUCUGAUGAUAACCUUCUUAACGCGUUGGGCAGCGAUGGUUUGAUCAAGGAGUUUAUUCAAGCGUUGGGGAUGGGGAACACGACUGCUGUGAAUAUCUUGAGCCAGACUUCAGUUGAAGCAAAAGAGCUGUUGCUCGUUCCCUUACGUCAAGCACCGCAGUCUGUACUUGGCUCUGUAAUCGCACCGUUUCCCAUCGACAGCUAUACGAGUUCACCAUUCUACGACCAAGUCUCGGAAGUGUUUUCGAUCAUGUUCAUCAUGGCGUAUCUCUUCACGCUGUCCCGACUUUUAGUGGUUCUCAUCGAAGAAAAGGAGCUGCGUCUUCGUGAAUUUAUGAAGAUUCUAGGAGUCACGGAGAAAGUCAUCACAAUGACCUGGUAUGCGACGUAUGCGGUGAUCUUGUUUAUUGGAGCGGCGUUCGGUACUAGUGACGUUCUUGUUCUUCUUCCUGUUUGGAAUGAGUGUGCUAGCGAUGGCAUUUUUGCUGAGUACCUCUUCAGCAAGGCGCGUGUCGGUGUUUUCGUCGGUAUGGUUGUGUUUUUCUUGAUGUAUGCUAUCUCGCAAGGAUUCUCCGAUGAAACUUCGGAAGGCGUCAAGACUAUCGGCUCUGUGCUAUCUCCAGUCGCACUCUCGUUUGGUGUGACAGUCCUCGCAAGUGCUGAGGAGACUGGUGAUGGCGUCCGAUUCUCAAACAUGAACACGCUAAGUAACAACUUCCGAAUCAGCACGGCUCUCUGGAUGUUCGCUCUUGACACCGUGUUGUACACAAUUCUUGGGCUUUACUUUGAAAGAAUCAUUCCCAAGCAGUACGGCACGAUGCUAAAGUGGUAUUUCCCCGUGUCUCCAUCGUAUUGGCGGAAACGGAACCAGAAAAACGUGUUUGAUCAGGCCCAAGAUGCUCUGCUGGAAAAUGUGAGUCUCGACGUGAACCCAAACUUUGAGCCAGUAAGCUCAGAACUUCGGGAGCAGGAGAUCAGUGGUGACGCUUUGUGUGUGCAACGACUACGGAAAGUGUUUGACGUGCCAGGAGGAGAGAAAGUGGCAGUUAAGGGAUUGAAUCUGGUGAUGUACAGGGAUCAAAUCACUUGUUUGCUGGGUCACAAUGGAGCAGGCAAGACUACUUUGAUCUCGAUGCUAACUGGAAUGACUGCACCAUCAAGUGGAAAUGCUAGCUUCCAGGGAAUGACGCUAACCGAUGACAUGGAUGACUUGCGCCAAUCGCUCGGUCUAUGCUUCCAGCAUGACGCUCUGUUUCCGGAGCUCACAGUCCAAGAACAUCUUCUCUUCUUUGGCCAAAUCAAAGGUUAUUCGUCCGACAAAUUACCGGAGGUGGUGGAGAAGCAAAUCCAGGAAGUGGGGCUGACGGAGAAGCGCCACGCAAAACCGAAUGAUUUGUCUGGAGGUAUGAAGCGCAAGCUAUCGGUUGCUAUUUCACUACUUGGUGACAGUGCGUUGGUCUUUCUUGACGAACCGACAUCCGGCAUGGACCCGUAUAGCCGCCGCAGUGUGUGGGAUAUCUUACAGAACAACCGUAAUGGCCGACUGAUGGUAUUGACGACGCACUUCAUGGACGAAGCUGACAUUCUUGGAGAUCGCAUUGCUAUCAUGGCGGAGGGUGAACUACGCUGCAGCGGCUCAUCCCUCUUUUUGAAAAACCGCUUUGAAGCUGGAUACAAUUUGACUGUGGUUAAGGAUGAUGAACGGUGUGAUGACAAGGAGCUGGUGGCUUUCAUUAGCUCCUACGUGCCUACUUCUCAGGUGCUGAGCAAUGUCGGAAGCGAAAUUGCGUUCCAACUCUCACUGGACAGCUCGACGUUGUUUGCGGAGAUGUUUGCCGAGCUGGAUCGACAGUCCAAACAACUUGGUGUUUUGUCGUAUGGUGUCUCUGUGACGACGCUAGAAGAAGUUUUCAUCAAGGUUGCUGAGCUUGACGAUGAGAACCACCAGCACACUCUUCAAGACAGAUUGUACACGAAUACUUCUGAGUCUGGGGAGCAUUAUGAGGCUUGCGACGAGAUUAUUAUGGGACGACCUACUUUCACUACUCAUCUGCGUGCUCUGAUUCUGAAGCGAUUCAGAUACGCCAAGCGAGACAAGAAGACGAUUGUUUACGUUGCCGCCUUACCGAUUCUAUUGAUUGCUGCAGGACUGGGGAUUUUCAAGGCAAGUAUGAAGCUGAACGAUGACCCGUUCAUGGCACUGACGACGGAUGUUUACUACGGUAAUUCUACGCCAACUCCAUACUUUUGUAUAAGCGGGUCAAGUGAGGAGUGGUGCGAUCAAGUGAUGACCACAUUCUUCUCUGGGGCAGACACCCAGGAGCUGUCCAUUGCUCAGCCAGCCUUCGACUCUGAUUCUCCUACAGUGUUCGACGUGACGUACACGAAUCCAAAGAUCAACGCCACUGGUGCUACCGGAUAUGGACUCGCACUGGGGCAGAAGCUUUACAAUCGAGGAUACGGCUAUGGAAGUGAACUUGUGGAGGGACAAUUUGGCUCGUACCUGCUCUAUGGUGACAGCACACAGAACCUGUUCGGGUACAAUCUGUUUACAAACACGACGGGUGCCCACUCCUCGGCGGUUUUCAAGGCACUCAUGGAUGAGGCCACGUAUCGAUUCUUCGCUACGAAUUCGACUGGAGCAGUUAACUCAACUGUGAGUCUGAAGGUGAAUAGUCACCCGCUGCCAUUCACCGCUGCCAGCGAGUCUCUCUUCAGUACGAGCAGCUCGUUUGUCGCUAGCCUAUUCAUCUGCAUCGCCUUCACCUUUCUCCCAGCUUCGAUCGUGGUGUUUCUGGUCAAAGAGAAGGAGUCGGCCCACAAUGCAAAACACCAACAACUUGUGUCGGGCGUAUCUCUUCCGGCGUUUUGGCUAUCCAAUUACAUCUGGGACUUGCUCAUGUACACAAUUCCAUGCGUGGCGACGCUUGUGCUUCUGAAUGUCUUCAACAUAUCGGCGCUCACGGGCACCGAUUGUUCCAGCUGCACGGGAGCGACUUUCCCUUCGGUGAUUCUUCUGUUUGUGCUAUUCGGGCUCGCAAUUUGCCCGUUCUCGUAUGCACUUUCGUUCCUGUUCAAGGAGCAUGCAUCGGCGCAGACGUACACAAUUGUGCUCAACUUUGUCAUCGGAAUGGUGUUGAUGAUUACUUCAUUCAUUUUGGACCUGAUCGACUCGACUGAAGGCGUGAAUUCGGUGCUUAAAUUCUUUUGGCGAUUCUCUCCACUCUUCAGUCUCGGCAAUGCGCUUCUCAACAUGGUGAACAGCGAGUUCGACAGUAUCCGUUCCAGCGAUGACGGCGGAACAAGUCCAUUCGACCCGGACAUGAUGGGGUUUGAGAUGAUAUACCUCGUGUUUACGAUUGUAUUCUUCUUUGGGCUGACACUACAUCUUGACUACGCUAAGGCGGUUAAGAAGACCGAUAGCUUGGAGAGUAGCAAUGAGAACUUCGAUCCCGACUACGAAGUCGACGAGGACGUGAGGCAGGAAGCUCUUCGAGUGGCCAGUGGUGGAGCUGAUCAUGACGCGGUGAAACUCAAGGAGCUUCGAAAGGUUUACCCCGGAGGUAAAGUCGCCGUUCGUAACCUGUCAUUCGGUUUAAAACGUGGUGAAUGUUUCGGUUUCCUGGGCAUCAAUGGUGCUGGCAAGACGACGACGAUGAAGAUGCUGACAGGUGACGUGAUCCCAACCCAAGGAUCGGCUACGCUCGGUGGAUUUGACAUCCUGACUCAGCAGGCGGACGUUCGUCGACAGAUCGGGUACUGCCCACAAUUCGACGCUUUGUUCGAUCUUCUCAGCGUAAGAGAACAUUUAGAGCUGUUCGGCGCUAUCAAGGGUGUCCCAAUUUCACAACUCGACGCUGUUGUCCAAGACAAAAUUCUUCAGUUGAACCUCAGUGACUUCGAACACAAAUUGGCGGGCAGUCUUAGCGGUGGCAACAAGCGCAAAUUGUCUGUCGCGAUCGCAAUGAUCGGGAACCCGGCCAUUAUCUUCCUCGACGAGCCUUCGACUGGAAUGGACCCAGUUUCUCGACGCUUUAUGUGGGACGUGAUCGCUGACAUUUCAACGAGAGGCAAGGAAUCCACAAUUGUGCUCACGACACACAGCAUGGAGGAAUGUGAAGCGCUCUGCUCAACUGUCGGAAUCAUGGUGGGCGGUCGGCUGCGCUGUCUCGGAAGUGUUCAACACCUCAAGUCCCGAUUCGGCGAUGGACUUAUGAUUGACGUCAAGCUCGAAACACCAAGUACUUCCGAGCUCGACAGUUUGGUGGAUCGCGUCUUCGGUCUUGACAACAUGCACAUCAUACCGGCUGAUAUCGAGGAGAGAUGCCGUGACUUUGGCAACGCUGACCUCGCCACACGCAUCACAUCCGAUCAUCCGACGGGCUUCAAUCUGGCUGCAGCUAUCGAGAGUGAGGGAUUCGUUCGAGCGGAGGCGUUCAUCUCUUGGUGUGUUGGUGAGACGCGUUUUGACACUCUGAAGAACUAUCUGGUGGGAUCAUUUGACAGCGCCAACGUCGUAGUUCUGGAACGUCAGAAUGACUUCUGUCGUCUCAAGAUCACCGAAUCCGGUGGCAAGGUGGAACUGUCGAGGAUGUUUGCGCUGGUAGAGCAGGUCAAGAGCAAGAUGCACAUUCGGGAGUAUAGUGUAUCCCAGACGACACUGGAGCAGAUUUUCAACAGUUUUGCCAGCCAACAAGAAGAGGAACUCGGUGUCGCUCGCGGCAUGACUGCUUGAGAGAGAGGUUAGAUUCAUGGGUAAAAACCGGAAUUCUGGUAAUCGGAUACCAACUUCAUAACCAGCUUUACUCUUGUUGAUUCCAACAUUAUAUGUCGAUAUAUUUUCCGCCCUCCGCGGACAUGAACAAGAGA